AUGGUUUUCUUCUCCCGUUCCUCCUUAGGAGAGAAAGGAGGUCUGGUCUCGGUUGGGUAUGGAGACGACGACUUCACCCGCUUGGAUGGGGAUGAGGAUGGGUACGAAGAAGAGGAUGAUGAGAACAGCAGGCAGUCAGAAGAUGACGAUUCAGAGACUGAAAAACCUGAGGCUGGUGACCUAAAGGAAUUUUCAGAACUGGAGAAAAGAGAUCCUCAGGAGCUAGUUGCUUCUUUUUCAGAGAGAGUGCGGAACAUGUCUCCAGAUGAGAUCAAAAUCCCCCCUGAGCCUCCUGGCAGAUGUUCUAACCACUUGCAGGAUAAAAUUCAAAAGCUAUAUGAGAGGAAAAUAAAAGAGGGCAUGGAUAUGAACUACAUCAUUCAGAGGAAAAAGGAAUUCCGUAACCCCAGCAUCUACGAAAAGCUGAUCCAGUUUUGUUCAAUCGAUGAACUCGGUACAAAUUACCCAAAGGACAUGUUUGAUCCUCAUGGCUGGUCAGAGGAUUCAUAUUAUGAGGCACUAGCUAAAGCCCAGAAGAUUGAAAUGGAUAAACUGGAGAAGGCCAAGAAGGAACGCACAAAGAUUGAAUUUGUGACUGGCACCAAAAAGGGUACAACAACAAGUGCCACUUCUACAACAACCACAACAGCCAGUACCACUGUGGGAGAUGCCCAGAAGAGGAAGAGCAAGUGGGACUCGGCCAUCCCUGUAACGACGAUUGCUCAGCCCACCAUCCUCACCACUACUGCAACGCUGCCAGGCGUCGUCACAGUGACAACCAGCGCGAGCGGAUCCAAAACGACGGUUAUAUCAGCUGUUGGCACCAUUGUGAAAAAGGCAAAGCAGUGA